AUGACAUGGAACAAAGUUUUUAGAUCAGAAACGGUAUUAAGUUUCCGCCACGUUCCGGCAGGUAGCGGCAGACAGCCUCAGCCAUCUUCUCGAACAGUUCGACCAUCGCCGAUUCGUGUAGUUCAGCCGUCACCUAGGCCUACUACCAGAUCUCCGUGGUCCGCUAGAACUCCCUCUUCGACUGCACCAACUAAAACCAAAAUCACGUGUACCAAGCGAGUCGAUUCGAGAUGUCUUUCUUUCAUCAAAGCGGGAUUCUGCACCAAUCCCCGAAUGCUGAACUAUUGCCCUAAGGAAUGUCGAAUUGUUUGUUGA